GUCGUCAUCUGCGUGACUGCGUCCAGCGGGCGAGAAGAGAAAGCUUAACUGCUGAGCUCAACAAAACCAGAGCCUGAAGGGUGUCACGGCGUCGUUUUCGAAGUAGAAGUGGAAGGAGAACAAAGAUGAACACAGACAUCACAGCGUCGACGAAGCCCGAGUACCCGGUCAUAGAUCGGAACCCUCCAUUCACCACCGUCGUCGGCAACUUCAGCACCCUCGAUUACUUCCGCUUCGCCACCAUCACUGGCGUAUCCGUCACCGUCGGCUACCUCUCCGGGAUUAAGCCGGGAAUUAGAGGGCCGUCAAUGGUGACCGGAGGUCUGAUUGGGGUAAUGGGCGGAUUCAUGUACGCUUAUCAGAACUCGGCGGGACGCCUCAUGGGCUUUUUCCCCAACGACGAUGAGGUAGCUCGUUACAAGAAAUGAAAAUGCAAAUUCAGUGUCCACAUUUCUAGGGUUUCUCUGUAAUAAUCAGAUUGUCCUUUUUGUGCUGAAUUCAUUCAUGUGAUACUUGAUCUGAAAUCUAAGUUGUAGUUUUUGGAUUCGAUGUCAAUGAUGUCGUUUAAGUGUGUUUUGAAAUGUCAUACAACUGAAUAAAAUGCUGCUUUUGCUGA